AUAAAAGAAAAAACCUCUAAGCCACAAAUGGAAAAGGAAGGGCAUCGAGAAACAAAAGAGGGAGAGGGGACCAAAAUCCAAAAGUGAUAAGAAGCAGAAGAAUCAUGGCUUCUAGGGAGCGAAGAGAGGCUCUUCAACACAAGCUGCAACAACUUCGUGAUGUCACAAACUCCAGCUCUGUGAACAAAGCCUCAAUUAUUGUGGAUGCUUCCAAAUACAUAGAGGAGUUGAAGCAAAAAGUGGAGGGACUGAACACAGAGCUGGGAAUAGGAGAAUCAUCAACCACUCAAAUUGAUCAACUACCUAUGGUGACUGUGAAAACCCUAGAAAAGGGUUUCCUCAUUAAUGUGUUUUUAGAAAAGAAUUGCCCUGGUAUGCUUGUUUCAAUACUCGAAGCCUUUGAAGAACUGGGACAUGAUGUGCUUGAUGCUACGGUUUCUUGUGAAGACACUUUCCAGCUAGAAGCUGUGGGAGGAGAAAGUCACGAGAACGACAGUAUUGACGCGCAAGUGGUGAAGCAAGCAGUGUUGCAAGCAAUCAAGAACACGGACUAAUUAAAGGAAGCACACAGAUAAGCAAAAAAAAAAAAAAAAAAAAACCAGUACCGUUUUUGUCUUAUUUUUAAGCUUAAAAUUUGGACAUUUCAAGUGAAAGAAUUUGUGGUUGCAUAUUGUGCCAAAACCUGAGUUACGUUACCUCUUCAAUGGCCCUUACAUAUUGAUAUGGCUUAUCAGCAUCUUCUUGGUUAGUGGGAACAGAAUGAAUGGACAUGCAUUGUCCAAGCUUAUACAUACAUACAUAGUGGCAUUUUGGCAUUCAGUGGGUGUGGGUGUGGGUGUGGAAGACAAUAGACAAACGACUAUGGCCGGCUGAAUAAUAUGUAUGAACUACGAGCUCUUGAUUAGUACAUCAAAUUUAAUUGAAUGCUUAUUUA